CCAGUCAAGUUUUUCUUGUUGAACGUCGCGGUGGCGUCGUUUGGGGUGAUUCCGGGGGCGGCGAGCGCGUCGUGCGUGACGGCGGGGAUAGUAUUCGGGACGCUGGGGGGGAUGGCGCUGUGCGUGACGAGCGCGAGCGUCGGCGCCGUCGUGAGCUUUACGCUGUCGAGAUACGUCGCGCGACCGUGGGUGGAGAAGGCGUUCGUGCGCGAUGGGGGGAGGCUUAAGGCGUUGGACGACGCGGUAUCGAAAGAUGGAUCACAGAUCGUCAUAUUAGUCAGACUUUCGCCGUUUUCACCGUUUACCGUGGCGAGUUACAUGCUAGGAUUGACGUCGGUGCCGUUCGUUUCGUUUUGCACGGCGACCGCCGUCGGGUUGCUUCCGUCGAGCUUCGUGUACGUGUACAUGGGAGAUACCGGAAGAAGAGCGAGUGGAUCGGAUGGUGCGACGUUGAUGGAGAUCGUUUUCUACGUCCUCGGUCUGCUGGUGACUCUGUUCGUUAGUUAUAGGAUUGCCGUCAUCGCGCAAGAGGCGAUGCGAUCAAAAGUUGGAACG